AUGGGUCGGCUCGACCGGAGUGAUACCACGGCCUCACAGAAAACCGGCGUGAAACAACCACAGCGUUGUGUUUCGCCGUAUACAGUGAAAAACGCUUACGUUACGUUUCGACGUGUGGAUGAGGUUACCGGAGAUUUUAUGCUGCCAUCGCCUCAUCACACUUUUUUUAUCAGGGGAAAAUCCUCAAAUGACUUCUCUCGCCCAGGGCGAGUAAAUUCAAAACCCCUGACUUUCGAUGAGGUCUACAACCAGAGCUCACCAACUAACUGCACGGUCUACUGUGGAGGCCUGACUACAGGCCUUACUGAGGAACUGAUGCAGAAGACCUUCCAGCCAUUUGGAACCAUCCAGGAGAUCCGUGUCUUCAAGGAUAAGGGAUACGCUUUCAUAAGAUUUUCGACCAAGGAGAGUGCAACGCAUGCUAUCGUUGCUGUCCACAAUACCGAUGUUAAUGGACAGCCAGUCAAGUGCUCAUGGGGCAAAGAGUCAGGGGAUCCCAACAACGCCCAAGCUCAAGGACAGAGAUCCAUAUAA